CUUCCGUUCGCCAUGUCCCAUGAGAAAGAAACCUCUUCGUCCUCGUCCUCGUCUGCGUCGUCUGCCUUUUCAAUCUUAUCUGGCAGCUACUUGGAAAUUCUCACAAACCCUCAAGUUCCAACAGAGAAGCUCCGCAAGAACGCGUACAAGGCUAUUCGGAAGUGGCUAGAACCCUCAACUACUGUCGUUAUAGGCAGCAGCACGUACCAAAUCGAUCGACUCUUAUCUUCUAUGAUAACCUUCGCGCCGACAAACCUUGGCUCCCGCUACGCCGCCCUCAUCAUUAUGCAAGCCCUUGAGCAAGAAAACAUAGCAGACGGGCUGUCUCAAGCUGCCCAAGCGUGGUUGCACCACCUCCUUUUACCAAUGCAAUCCAUGCGUCAAACAGACCCAUCCCCGCCAACCGCCAACCAGGUCGACAAUCUGCAGGAUACCGCGUCUCGCAUUUUGCCCGCUACUCGAGCAGAACAGUCAGACCUGCAUGACAAAGUUCUCCUACGCGAGGGUUACCAAUGCCCCAUCGCGAAGAUUUGGGAAUCUGGCCAGAUCAGGAGUAUGGCGAAGGCUUUCAUCUUGGAACCUGAUACAUGUCCUCCACCCCCCCCGUAUUCUGUUCUCAUUGAGCUGCAAGCGUGCCACAUCAUUCCGCUGGUGAUGAACUCAUUCACUGAGUCGAAGAGAAAGUCUACUACUACUUCUAGCACCAGCCUCUACGAUGCAUCCAUUUCAUGGGAGAUGCUACGUGCAUACUGA